AUGGCGAACGGCGGCGGGGGCGGCGGCCUCUUCGGCGGCGGCGGCGGCGGCCCCUUCGAGCCGGCGGCGGCGCCGCCGCAGCAGCAGGCGUCGAGCCACCCGGCGAACAGCGCGGCCGCGGCCGUCGACGAGCAUCGCGGCGCGCCUCCGAUAGCCGAGCGCGCGCUCGGCGAGCUGCCGCUCGUGAAGAUCACGGAGGAGGACCUGAUCCAGGACGGCAACGACGAGUGCUGCGUGUGCCUGGACCCGCAGCGCGUCGGCGACGUCGCGACGAAGCUGCCCUGCGGCCAUUUGUACCAUUCCGACUGCGUCGUGUCGUGGCUCCGGCGCCACGGCACGUGCCCGAACUGCCGCUACGAGCUCGAGUCGAGCGACGCGCGCUUCGAG